AUGGCGUUUGCUGGGACAAAUAUCAGUUUGUCCCAGCCGGAUAUCACGCAGAAACUAACGGAGCGCAUAGACGACCUGAAGCAAAAGAUUGCUGCUUGGGGGAAGCGGAUUCACCGAUUUACCGAGAGGUCAAGGCGGUUCAACCAGAAUCGUCUCUUCCAGAGUGAUCAGAAGAGGCUCUACAAAUCAUUGGAGCGACCAGAGGUAUGUGGAGCGGGCCCAGGACCGGAUCAGGCUAACACUGUCGCAUUUUGGCGUGGCCUGUGGUCAGAGCCCGUAAACCACAGCGAGGGCCCUUGGACGGAAGUUGUGGCGAGUCAGUGUGCGAGUAUUACGCCCAUGGACCCCGUCAUCAUAACGCCGGAUGACGUAGCUGAGGCGAUCACAUUAGCUGACCUUAAUUUGGAACAAAGGAAUGUCAUUCAACAUAUUGCGGGUCCAUCAACUACUAAACAACCACUGUCUGAAAAUAUUCAGAAGACUAUAACUGUUCCAAAUGUAUUUGAGCCGGUUGCGGGUCCGUCAAAAUGUAUACAACCCUUGUAUGAGAAUGUGCAUUAUAAGACCAUUCCUGACAAAACUAGUGCUAUUCCCCAAGUAACUGAGAAUAUCAACCCUGUUGCUGCUGCAAAUCCAUCCACGAAAAACAAAAAGGAUAAAGAUAUGUUGAUAAAAAUGAAAUAUCAUCUGAGAAAAAUUAACAGGCUUCAAAAAACUAUAGAGCAUCUCAAGAAUGAAGCAUUUCUCAAAAUCACAUUAGCUGACCUUAAUUUGGAACAAAGGAAUGUCAUUCAACAUAUUGCGGGUCCAUCAACUACUAAACAACCACUGUCUGAAAAUAUUCAGAAGACUAUAACUGUUCCAAAUGUAUUUGAGCCGGUUGCGGGUCCGUCAAAAUGUAUACAACCCUUGUAUGAGAAUGUGCAUUAUAAGACCAUUCCUGACAAAACUAGUGCUAUUCCCCAAGUAACUGAGAAUAUCAACCCUGUUGCUGCUGCAAAUCCAUCCACGAAAAACAAAAAGGAUAAAGAUAUGUUGAUAAAAAUGAAAUAUCAUCUGAGAAAAAUUAACAGGCUUCAAAAAACUAUAGAGCAUCUCAAGAAUGAAGCAUUUCUCAAAGUAUUGAGCAAAAAUGAUUCAGUAAAUGAAAUAUUAAAAUGUAAAAUAUCCCCCUCUUUUGCAUUAUUUUUGCAAGGAGAAUUGCAAAACAAUAAAAAAAAUUAA